AUGACGAUACCGACACCGAUACAGCCUGCGCCGCCGCCUCCAGAACAAGGCGGCAGCAGCAGCAGCAACAUUCGCCGACAUUGGGUGCACGUUGCCGCGCCCAAGAAUGAGCAGUGGACUACGGCCAUGGACGGCGUCGACAAGCUCAAGCUUACCUCGACCGACUUGCCGACACCCCGCGACGGCGAGGUUCUUGUCCAGAUCCGGGCCGUGAGUUUCAAUUACCGCGACAUCCAAGUCUGCCAAGGCGCCUUCAACUCGUACAACACGCAAGCCCGCCAACAAGCCCUCGUUCCCUGCUCCGACAUGUGCGGCGUCGUCGUCGCCUACCCCUCUCCUUCUUCUUCCUCCUCCUCCUCCCCCUCCUCCAGCAGCAGCACCACCCCGCGCUUUCCCCUCGGCACCCGCGUCCUUGCCAUCUACCUGCAGAGCCACCUCCGCGGCGAGCCCGACGAGGCCGACCUCGGCUCCGCACUCGGCCUGCCCCUCCCCGGCGUCCUCGCCCGCUACCGCUGCUUCCCCGCCGCCAGCCUCGUCGCCGUCCCCGCGUACCUCUCCGACGCCGAGGCCAGCUGCCUCCCGCUCGCCGCCACCACCGCCUGGACCGCGCUCAACUGGCUGCGUCCGCUCUCCCCCAGCGUCGGCAAUACAAACCAAGUCAAAGACGGCGGCGCUAGCAAGACCACGGUGCUGGUGCAGGGGACUACCGCAGUUGCGCUCGCGGGCCUGCAGAUUGCCAAGGCGGCGGGGUGCAGGGCGCUGCUGACGGCCGCGACGGACGACUUUGCAAAGCGCGCAAAGGAGCAGCUGCAGGCCGACGAAGCAAUCAAUUACCAGACGCACUGGGCGUGGGAGGGCGACGUGCUCGACGCGACGGGCGGUCGCGGCGCCGACGUUAUUUUUGAAACGGGCGACGGCGUGCGCGCCGCGGCCGGUGGCUCCGCGCGCACGCUCCGCAAGAGCUUCAAGUGCGUCGCGUUUGGCGGCAUCAUCAACUGCAUCGGCUCGCUGACUCUUGGCCGGAGCGACAACAACGACAACGACGACGACAAUAACAGCGGCGGCGGCGGCGGCGAUGACGGCAAGACGCCGGAGCUGCACCGGUUAAACGUGAAUGCGCUGGCGCUCGCUAGAAACGUGACGAUCAAAGGCGUGCUCAACGGCGGACGCGAUCGGUUGGAGGAGGCGCUCGCGUUUUACGAGGCGCAUGGGAUCAAACCCGUAGUGGACAAGACGUAUGCGUUUGCAGAGGCGAAAGAGGCCAUGGCCUAUGUCAAGCAGGGGAAGCAUUUUGGAAAAGUGGUCAUUACCGUCGAGGACGGGACGAAGAAUGCUGCUGAGGACGUGGACGACGAGGAAGAGAAGAAGCGCAAUGAAUGA